AUGCUAUCCUUUGCUCGGCUGCAAACGCAGCAGGAAUACUCGGCCGAGGCAGAAGCACAGCAGAAGCAGGUCCUAGAGGUGUAUAAGACUGCUGUAGCUAGUCAACGUCGGCAUACUGCCAAGAUAACGAGAGACCUGGCGCAAACUGUCAGCGAACAAGGCAAAUGUGAGGAGGCGGAGGCUCUGUUUAAAGAGGUCGUGGCCAGUCACAAAGCCACAGUUGAGGACUGCCAUUGGAAAACACGAAUCGGACGAGCUCGAUCACGAAAUUAUCAGGAUGUACAAGGGGCAUAUGGGCCAGAGGAUAACAAGACGCUCCAACGCCAAGAGACGUGGUCACUGCGCCUCAUCGAGCAGGACAGGGACGAAGAGGGAGCGGAACUUCUUACCGAGGCCAUCGAGUGCCGAGGGCGCCUAGGAGGGUUGGAGGACUUAGACACCAUUGCCAUGAUGAAUAUCCUGUAUCAACGCGUCCUCGGCCCAAAGUACAAGGAUACCAUUUGCAUGCAGGAUGAGCACAAUGGAUGGCUAAGAGAUUUGUUUGAGCACGACGAAGAGCACGCUCGGGAUCCUAGUGAGACGCCGUGUGAGGAGUAUGUGCUUGCGAGGCUAGCAAGGCUGCGCGGCUGUAGGAACGAGGGCCAUUGGCAGCAUUUAUCCGUUCAAGAAGACUCUUCUCUCCCCAUAUGA